AUGGCAAGCACGAGUCCCCAGCUCCCACAAACCAUUCGUGCAGUACGGGACUCGAGCGCUCCAUAUCCCCACAUCCGCACCCUGGUGAUCUGCCUCGACGGCACUGGCGACAAGUUCGACAACGAUAAUAGUAAUGUAGUUAACUUUGUUGCUUGCUUGAAGAAGGAUGAUCCGUCGCAGGUAACCUAUGUAGAGUCGGGAAUUGGCACCUACGAUGGCCACGGCCUUAAGGGAGGGAUUUCCGCCGCUGUCGAUAUGGCCGUCGGAUCCGGCCUCGGCAUCCACAUCAAAGACGCCUACCGCUUCCUCAUGCAGACCUACCGCGAGGGCGACCGGAUCUGCCUCCUCGGCUUCUCGCGGGGCUCGUACACGGUGCGGUGCCUAGCCGGCAUGCUGCACAAGGUCGGCCUCCUCCCGAAGCACAACAUGGCGCAGGUGAACUUCGCCUACAACUUCUACAAGAACAACUCACCCGAGGGCUGGGCCAUGAGCGGCGAGUUCAAGCGCACCUUCUGCAUCGACGUGAACGUCUACUUCGUCGGCGUGUGGGACUGCGUCGCGAGCGUCGGCUUCAUCCCGCGGAAGCUGCCCUUCGGAAAGAGCCCGACGAACUCCAUCUGCUACUUCCGCCACGCCAUAGCGCUGGACGAGCAUCGCGCGAAGUUCAAGGUCUGCCACUACGUGCACGCCAAUCCGAACGAUGCGCAGAAGACGCAGCCGGUGGGGGAGAAGUUGAGGCAGGAGACGGAUCAGGAUGUUGGUCGUCUGUAUCGGCUGUUCAGUUCUUGUUUUGGGAUGAAGCCGACGCCAGGCGUGGACGAUGACGAGGAGGAGACGGCAAGGAAAAGAUCGGGCUCGAAUGCGGGAUCUAAGAAGGAGAAGGAAAAGGAGAAGGAAAAGGAUGUCGACCAGGAAGACCUGGAGCAGGAGUUCGAGAAGGCCGAUCAGGCGUCGUCGUCGCACGGCCAUACCACGGACUCCAAGGAGGUGUGGUUCGCAGGAUGCCAUGCAGACGUCGGCGGCGGCGCCGUCCCCAACGGUGAGCGACACAUGCUCUCGCGCAUCCCCCUUCGCUGGAUGCUUCGCCAAAGCUUCGAGUGCAACAGUGGCAUCCUAUUCAACACGGCCGCCCUGGCCGAGACGGGCAUCGACGUCCCGACGCUCUGGCCCGUCUACCAGACGCCCACGAAGCCCGUCCUCGGGCCCUCGCCGCGCACCGUGUCGGCCUUUGAGAGCGGCGCCUUGCCGCCUUUGAGCAGGCGGUCCACGGCCCUGGGCGUGGAUGCGAAGAGGACGAAUGCAAGCAUAAAGGGAAAAGAGGGAGCGAAAGAGGGAGGAGGAGAAGAAGGAGGAGGAGAAAGUACAUUCGACCUCCUUCCCGAGCAAGUCGAGGACUACUUCGAUGCGCUAGCGCCCAUGAACGACCAGCUGGUCAUGGCCAAGGGGUGGUGGGUGCUGGAGUUCUGGCCUGUCAAGGUCCGGGUGCAGCGGAAGGGAAGCGAGGAAUGGCGCAAGGUGGUGCGCAUGAAUAUGGGCCGCUUCCGGGCCGUCAGGGAGCUGGAGCCGAGCAUGCACUGGACGGUGGAGAAGAGGAUUGAGGAGUUGAAGGGCGCGUAUCGCGUUCGGAAUGUGGUGGAUAAGGAGACGAGGUGGGUUGUUGCUGUUUGA